CCGCCCACAGCUUUGCCCUUACCGCUGCGGGCGAGCGCCGGGACUCGUUUGCUCGGGCGGAGGGAUACGCGAGCGCGGAGGAGAGGCUGUCCGCCCUGUCGUGUGAGGCGAGGGGCGGAGGGAGACGGUCGCCGUCCGAGAGCUGAGGUUGCCACGCUGCGUCCCCUCCCCCCUCCCGGUUACCAUGGCUGACCAGCUGACUGAAGAGCAGAUUGCUGAAUUCAAGGAGGCCUUCUCCCUCUUCGACAAGGACGGCGACGGCACCAUCACCACGAAGGAGUUGGGCACCGUCAUGCGCUCCCUGGGGCAGAACCCCACCGAGGCCGAGCUGCAAGACAUGAUCAACGAGGUGGACGCGGAUGGGAACGGCACCAUCGAUUUCCCAGAAUUCCUCACCAUGAUGGCCCGGAAGAUGAAGGACACGGACAGCGAGGAGGAGAUCCGGGAGGCCUUCCGCGUCUUUGACAAGGAUGGCAAUGGCUACAUCAGUGCUGCUGAGCUGCGCCACGUCAUGACCAACCUGGGGGAGAAGCUGACCGACGAGGAGGUGGAUGAGAUGAUCCGAGAAGCCGACAUCGACGGGGACGGCCAGGUCAAUUACGAAGAGUUCGUACAGAUGAUGACUGCCAAGUAGGCAGGUGCCGUCCCUGCCCUGCCCUGCCCUGCCCUGCCCUGCCCAGCCCAGAGCGGAAGGACUGCCCUCGGCUUCCCGAGAGAUCUCGCCCAGCCCUGCCCGCCUGCCCGGCCCUCUUGCUUCUUCGUCGAGGCUUUAGCGGUUCGUAGCCAUCCUCGGCCGCCCCGUCCCUUCCGCUUCCCCUUCCCUCUGGGCACCUGCUGGGGAGGGAGGGGGAAAGUGGGGCUCAGCUCCUGGCGCUGGGGAGUCCUGGGGGUGUCCUUGCCCCUGGGCAGCUGCGUCCCUUCCUCCCACCUGUGGGCGGCAGGGUUGUGUGGCCGGCUGCCGCCUCCUGCCUUCUCUGUUGUCUUCCUGGGAAUCUCUGCAUAUCUUGGAUUUACGAUGAUGAUGAUGAUGAUGAUGAUGAUGAUGAUUGUAACUGCUAAUUCCCCCCACCGCCGCCGCCCCCCCUCCCCCUCUUCCCCAGUGGCUUCAGGGAGUGCUUCUCUUCCAUUCCAGGCGGCAGGGGGUGCCAGGUUCCUUUUCCUUUUCAAUAAAGUCUGUGUCGUUUCAAAACAGCAGGGACCGGCGUGCUGGUGUUGCAGGGCGCCCUGGUGUGGGUGGCUCCCCCACUGCCCGCCGGGGAGCAGGCCUGCCUCUCUAGCCCCCACCCCGCCCCCCAGUGCCCGCCCAGCCCCUUCUCCGUUCCAUUUCCCAACUCAAGAGCCAGCAGUAGUUCAUGGGAGCCUGCGAGUCAUCAGCACCCGGACUGCUUCUGGCAGCUCUCUAGAGGGGGGGUGGCGGGCUUAGCAAUGGGGAGGGAGGUGCCAAGGCUGUAUCUCGAGGGAGGAGCCCCCAUGGAGCAGGCAGAAAGCCCCAAGUCCAGCCCCAACAGGCAGCCUCUGCAGGCUGAGCUGGAAAAGCCCCUGGAGAGCGGCUGCCAGUUGGUGCAGACCGCCCUGAGCCAGCUGGCCGAAGGGAGAAGGCAGCUGCCGCUGUACAAGUCCAGGCUGGGUAGAGAAGGCGGCUCUUCAGAGAGACCCACUUGGGGGCUUCCCUGGCGCCCACAGCUAGGGUGGCAGAGAUGGGCGGCUGCUGCUGCAGCAGUGGGGCUUCCCCAUGCAUCUGGCCCUGCCCCGCCCCAGCUGAUUCUGUCAGAGGCCAAGCGGUGCUGGUGUGUGUGGUGUGGAGCAGCAUGGCUUGGGGUUGCUUCUGUGGGCUGCUCCGAGGCCCAGCGUGCCCUCCAGCUUCCCAAGGCAAAUCCAGCCAGUUUGGCCAGCGGCAGCCAUGGUAAGAGUUUCCCACUGCCUGGACUCGGGUGGGUCGAGCUUGUGGAAGUUCCCCGGCCUCAAGGAAAGGACGACCCCAUUAGCUUGAGAGGCAGUUUUUUAUUCUCAAAUAAAAAAUACAGAUGGUUUGGUUGCAUGGACGAGGUGCCCAACAAAGGCGAGUUCUUGGCCUUUUGUGCUGCUUAGAGGAGGACUUGAAUACACUCCCCCCACCGCCCCACUGUCCCCACAGCCUGGAGCGGGGAGGGGGGACAUGGCAGUUAAGACAUACACACACAUAGAUACCCGCGCACGCACACAGAUAUACCCCGUUGCCCUCAGGAAGGGGAGCCCCCCCCGCUCCCCCAGAAAAACAGCUGCCAAGUGCAAAAACCCAAGUGAGCGGGGAGCCGCUGGCUCUGCUAGCAAUUCAGGCCAGUUUGAAACGGGAGGGACUGCGGUGGCCUCCCUAGAAGGGGGAAGCCAAGCUUUUGGGGAGGGGGCUGAGAGUUCUGGAGAGCUCCUGACAGCUGCCAGAAUGCCUGGGCUCAAAAGGGGCCCCCUUGGAACUGGCAGGGUGCUGGCUGACAUGGGCAGCCCUCGUUCCUCUGGGAGGGAGCACCAGCCCACUUCCCUGCGGGCUGCAGGGGGGAGCAAAGGCUGGCUUCGCAUGAGCCCACGCCCGGCCAGGGCUUCCAGGGCAGGAGGCAGCCCUUGGGGCCAAGAAGCUGCUUUGGCACUUCUCCUGGCCUUCCACACACCUUGCUAAAACUGGCUUCUCAAGCGCACACUCAGGAUCUCUGCCCCCCACCCCACCCUGCGCUCGUGCUCUCUCUCUCUCUCUCUCUCUCUCUCUCUCUCUCUCUCUCUCUCUCUCUCUCUCAGCAGCCCUGGGAAGAGAUCCUUGGAGAAAGAGAUUGCACCUUGUCACAUCCUUCCGAGGGCAACGGGGAGGCAAUUCUCCUCCAGUUAAAGGCGGGAGGGGAAAUGGAAAAGAAACAGAGACUGACUUAAAGACCUUUCCUUAAAAUGCAGACCUCUGUAUUGCAGUGGCCAAGUUAGAUCAGCUGGACAGGGUGUGAGAGAAUGGCUUUGCUCAGGGUGGGAGAGGCUGGUGAUUGAGAACAAGCCACUAGGAGGAAGUUUGCACCAGAAAUCUGAUCUGGUGUGAGUGGGUACUCUCCAAGUCCCUCUUUCCCCCCAGGCCCGUUCCAAUUUUCCAAGUCUGGAAUUGCACUUCCCUUUAAAGUGACUGGCUUCCUUCUCCCUCUCUUCUCUAAGGCCCUUUUCUAGAGUCUUAGCAUGUUCCUUAUCUUUAUUCCAGACGAUUUAAUCCAGAAUAUAAAUGCACGCACACAGAGACACACUAGACUAGCAUACUACCUCCUUCAUUUAAGUCGGGGUUAGUCCUCCGUAGCCCAACAUAGACUAACAACACCCUGUAGUGCAGGCAGCUGGGAAGGUUAAAUACUAGACCUCUUCUCUCCCCCACAAUUUCGCAUUAACAAAUGUCUUUGGUUCCAUUUAAUUAGCUUCAAGUGGACCAGCAAGUAAUUAGCAUCGUCAGGCUGUGUUUUGCAGAGCGGAAAUGUAUCCCGUUUGAACAGUCCCAGCAUGUAAACACAACCUGCUUCCUCCUUCCUACAAUGAUGCUGCGAACAAAUGCUCACCCUGGGAUAGGAGCCACAGGAUGAGGAGCAUCCAUUUGGCUCGUAGCCAAAGGUCUGGAUCUCCCUCACUUGAGAAAAAGGACUGUCCUGGAAAUGGAAUUUCCAUGCAGAGUUCACAUUACGAAGGCCAAAAUAAAUGGUAGGGGGCUGCAGUGAUCAAAUCCAAGUUAACGGACCUGGAAUCCUGUCGCUUAAAUUAGAGUUGAGCAGAAGUCAGAAACUUUUGAGAAACUCCAAAUCCUCAAAUUGUUGUUGUUUUAAAUGUGAGCGGUACUGGUUUUAGGUAAAAAUCUAGUUUCCAGUGAAAAGUCCUUAAAAAAGAGAUUGCUACCUAAUUACAGAGAGUGGCGAGGCCCUUCCCACUGUCCUCAUGCCAACUUCUAGCCAAGAGGGGCUGGUUGUGAGACUCUAAAUGUGGGGUAUGGAGGGAACUGCCCCCCCUGCUCCCCCGGAGGCUGAAUUCAAGUGUGCCACUGCAGAAACCCAUGUUUGCCUUCAGUAUUUCUUUUUCUUUUUUUAAAAAACAUAGAGACAUUUCUCUCUCUCAAAAAAUAGACUCUUUCCCUCCACCUCCCCAUCCCCUCAACCCAUUAUUUUUUCCUGAAGUGCCAGAACUUAAGACAGAUCCUGCUGAGGUCAUGGGGCAGACAGGGAAGCCCCUUUGCCCCUCGUCCACCAAGGAUUGGGGGGCACCCCUCUCUUUCCUGCAGAGGUUCCUAUUUGGUUUGCUAACCCUCCUGUCCCCUGACCCAGACCGCAGAGCAGCACGCCCUCUAUCCAAGAAGCAGGGGUGGGUGGGGAGUAGCGCACACACACACACACAGCCGGCUCCCUGUGAUUUGCAGCCCUUACUCCCUCCCACCCCUCUCUGGAGGGGAUCUCGGGUGGCCACCUUUUUGCUUUCAACCCGGCUCUGCUCCUGUGCUUUAUGGCACAGCCUGUGCAGUGUAGAACAAAGCUUUCCCAACACUCUCCAUGCUGGGGAAAGGGCUGCCUGUUGCGUUCCUGUGUUUGCAUUGAAGAUGCAAGGGCCAGAGCCAGUAAGAGAAGGGAGGGGGGAGGGGGGGCACCCCAGUGGGACGCCACAGGAGGGAAUGUCCAGCCCCCUCCCACAGAUGUGGCUUUGGGCUCAGAGUGGAGGGGGCAGACUCUUAUCCUCCCCCUGCCCCCUCCUGAUCAAAGUGACAUUAAAAUGAAGCGGGGGAACAAACCCCCUAACCUAGCCUGUCUUUGGCUGGGCAACCUUAGGAGCUCCCCUGUAGCCCCCGCUCCAACUCCAGUCCCAGGGCUCGGAGAAAGGACCAGCCCGCUUGCUCUUGGGGGGACAGGGAGGCAGAUGGGUCGCCCCAACCCAGACAGGCAGAUCCUUGCCCUGGGGCGGUGGGGGCAGCAGCCCCAAAGUGGAUCUUGAUCUGGCUCUGAAGAAGCAGGAGAGCUGCCUCCCCGCCCUCCCCAUGGCAAGCAGGGCUGCCCCCUCGGGUCCUGCAGGGCCGCAGCGUCCCCUCCCAACAGACCUUUGCCGCUUCAGCCACAACCCGGGAUGAAGAUGUCACAUCAGAUGGGGGUGGACGUGGGGCAGGGAAGAUGCUCCCCCCGCCCGCAACAGCAACAUAGACAAUAAAUACCCACUUCCUUCCUUCCUUCCUUCCUUGUGCACAGCCCCUCCGGGGGCCUGUGCUACAAGGGGGGCUCGUGGCGGCUGGCAGGGGCCUUGGCUUUGUGGGGGUGGCAGGAAGAGGAGCCGGAGGAGGAAGAGGAGGAGGAGGAGGAGGAGCUGCGCCGGGCUUCCCCGCCUGUGCUCGACAUCUUCAGCUUGCGCCGCUUGGCCAGGGGGGCGUUCUCCACGCUCUUCAGGAAGAAGCCUUCCCGCUUGCCCUUGUUGAAGGCCUGUGGAGGGCGGGGGAGAAAGAGGACAGCUUCAGCUCUGCCGCUGCUGCUGCUGCUGCUUUGGCAUCCACCUGUUAGCCAAGUGCCUCCUGGUACUUCUCCCAGCAGCUCCCUCAGCCCAGCAGCGCUGCUCGUGCCUGGGAGGGUGGCUGCACUUUUCUGGCCCCCUCCUGUUGUGGGCUGUCACCGCUGCCCUAACUGCUUGGGCCGGGGUGUGUGUGUGUGCCUCUCUUCAAGCCCCCCCCUUUGCAGAUGUGCUGGUCUCCUGGCCCUCUAGCGGGGGGGGGGGGGCUGUUCUGCAGCAGAGGCUCCCCCAGCUCCAGGCCGGCCUGCUUUCCUCUGGUGCUUGGGGCCUCCCCUGUGUUCUCUCACCCGGCCGCAGCCCUGGCUGGACCUUCUUACCAUGAAGGCAGCGUUGACGCCGGUGCGCACGGCGGGCCCUGAGCUCUCCAGGAUGUCUGGAGUCAUGAGUGGGGUGGACGAGAGGGCGCUCCCGUCCUGCAGCCACUCGCUGUCCCGCAGGUUGGACAUCUUCAGCCGCUUGGCCGGGUUCACCGUCAGGAGCCCUGGGCAGAGAGUGGAGCGGAUGAGCCGCUGGGGGCUUGGGGGGGGGGGAGAGGGGAGCUCCAGGCCCCACCUCAGUGGCAGAUCCGUGGCUGCGUGGCCAGCUGUCAUGCCCCCGAGGAAGUCCAGGCCUAGGCUGGGCUCUGGUCAAACGCAGUGCAGACCUCUUGGGAAGAAACACAGCCAGGCUCAUGUGUCGAUAAAGAAAGAACAAGCAUGAGCCGCCUCCUCGCGUUGUGGUCCUCCUGGGCCCGGAGGAAGCGGGAGCAGCUUUCUGACCCAGUGAACUGAGCGGAGAGCGGCUGCUUUGCCUCUUCUCUUUUCUCUCUGUACCUAAAAGUGCUGCCAGCCCAGCCCAGCCCAGCCCGAGAAGCGCCCCCUCCUCACCUCUGACUAGCUCCUUGGCCUCCUCAGAGACGUUUCUCCAGGCCUCGCCCUCCAGGGAGAAGCGCCCCUCCUUGAUCUUGUGCAUGAUUUCGGCCGCGUGGCUUGCCGCACUCCCUUCCUGGGUGCUGUGGAAGGGGACCUGGCCCGAGAGCAUGGUGUACUGGGGCGGGGGGAGAGAAGAGACUCCAGCGGCUGGGCAAGAAAGCCCCACUCCCUCCUCUCCCCACGAGGGCUCGGCUGCCCCCACGCUGCAGAAUCAGGCCGCCACCCCAUGCUGCCCCCCAGAGUUGCCCAAGAGACCAGCCCCAAAGGCCUCUGCAAGAGGGAGGCCAUUUCUCCCUUCUAACUGGGAGCUCUCUGCCGCCUGGGGAGAACCGGCAGGUCCAUAGAACGAAGACGGGAGGGUGCCACCUGCCCCUUCCCUGAGGCUGGAGGCAGCUCCCAAUUAAAAUGCAGGACCUCCUUUCCCAAGCUUGUCCAGAGCAAAACACGAGGGACAGCAGCCUAAUGGCGCAGUGGGGAAGUGACUGGACUAGCAGGCCAGAGGUUGAUGGUUCGAAUGCCUGCUGGCAUGUUUCCCGGGCUAUGGGGAACACCUAGAUAUAGGAAGGUGCUGAAAGGCCUCAUCAUCUCAUGCUGGGCGGGAGGAGGCAGUGGUCAACCCCUCCUGUAUUCUACCCAAGACACCCGCAGGGCUCUGUGGGCGCCCAGAGGAGUCGACACCGACCUGGCGGCACACUUCAAAGUCCCCACUUCUUACGGCCCAAGACCCCCAAACAAAAAGCAAAAACUGCAGAGUUGCAGAUAAUCAAUUCAACUGACAACAAGCCUCCCUGGCAUUGACUCCGUGCUCCAAAAGCCAAGUUGCUUUUGACUCCGGGCGCCCACAGAGGCCUGUGGUUUUCUUUGGGUAGAAUCCCGGAGGAGUUGACCGUUGCCCCCCCCCCCCUGCAGUCUGAGAGGACGAUGCCUUUCAGCCCCUUCCUCUGCCGCUGCUGCCCCCCUCCCUCGGCCUGGCCAGCAGACACUCACCAGGAUCACCCCCAGGCUCCAGAGGUCGCAAGACUCGUCGUAGCCCCCGUCCAGCAGCAGCUCCGGGGCGGCGUACUGCAGGGUGAAGCAGGGCGUCUGCAUGGGCUGGGAGUUCUGGGGGCGCAGGCGGGCGAAGCCAAAGUCAAUCACUUUCACGGGGGCUCCCUCGGGCUCGUCCGCGUAGAGGAUGUUCUGGGGGGCAGGCAGGGCAGGUCAGCAGCAGCAGCAGCAGCAGCAGCAGCCACCGGACCCCUGGGCUAGGGGAGUGCCCCCCCCUAGGCUGGGGCGGCUGCUACCUGCCAGUUUGCGGGGGGAGGAGGCUGUGGUCUGCCCCCACCCCGCCCAUGGACUCUCCCAGUGCCAUGCCAGGGAAGCAGGUGGCAGCUGGACGGAGUGGGGCCUGGGUUCAAAGGCUGUGGGGAUAUAAUGGGGCAACUCCACGUACAGGAGCCUGAAUCCCUGGGGGUGGGGGGCAGACAGGAGCCUUCGCUCAGGCCAAGUGCAUUUCCCCCCCCCCCCCGCCGUGAGGCUCUGCCUCUGGAGGCCUGGCCGGGCUGUGGCCCCUCCCCACCCACCACGGGGGCGGCCUGGCUUAGGCCCCUCACCCAGGCCCCUGUGAGCCCUGCAAGAGCCUUCCCUUGGGGCAGGCCUGCACAACGCAAGGCCCGGGCGACACGGGCGAGGAAAGCUUGCGAGCAGCCUCCUCCUCCCUCCUCGUGCCGGGGGCAACUCCGACUUCCUUUCAUUCAUCUUUCCAAUAAUUAAUUUGAGUACAGUCUUUAACGUGCUGACUCCUUACCUCAGCCCCUGCCUACCGAGUCACGGCUGGCUGGUUCCAGCCCACCAGGGCCCCAUGAUCCCCUGAGGGGGCUCUCUCUGCCAGUGGACAUGGCAGGCAGGGGCUGAAGCAAAGGGUCAGCACCUCUCUUCUUCUGCACGGAGCACAAGGGACUCCACGGCAGCCCCGGCCAGGGAAAGGGGAGGCUUCUUUGGGCAGUUUGCAGAAGCCUUGGGAAAGUGCAGCGGGUGUGUGUGUGUGUGUGUGUGUGUGUGUGUGUGUGUGGAUCCUCCCCCCCCCCCCGGGGCAUCUGCAGGGGGUGCCAGGAGUGGGAGAGAAGUCACGAGCACAUAGGGGUUUGCUCUUUCUCUCUCUCUCUCUCUCUCUCUCUGUGCUGGGCCUUUUGCCGCAAGAAGGGCACACAGAUCCCGCCCGGCAGUGCGUGCUGCAGCCUGGGGGCUCUGGGUCCCAGUGUCUCCCCCCCCCGCCCACCUCAGUGCUCUGUGAGGUCACCGUGCCCCCCCCUUGGAGGAGUAUGCUGCUAGCCCCCCUCCCCGGCCCACCAGACUCCGCUUGCCUCGGGCUUGAGGUCCCGGUGCACCACUCCUGCGUCGUGCAUGAAGCUGACGGCGGACACCAGGCUGCGCAUGAUCUGGCUGGCCUCCGACUCGCUGAAGUGCUGCUUCUUCUUGAUGCGGUCCAGGAGCUCCCCGCCUCGGAGCAGCUCCAUCACCAGAUACGUGUGGUACUGUGGGCAGCCGGGGUGGGGUGGGGUGGGGUGGGGGGAGAAGGAGUCAGCGGAGCAAUUCCAGAGCCGGAGCCAGGAGAGGGCGGAGGGCCCUGACCGAGGGGGUGGGGGUGAGGGGGCUUUGCUGAGACACCAGAGGGGGCGCGCACACACACACACCCCUGCCCCAAGUCACCUGGGAGAGCAUCCGUUUGUCUGAUGGGCAAGCAGGAUGUCUGGCUUCAAUAAAGACACUUGCUAGCUGUCAGAAGUGCCGCUUAACCUGGAGCCCAACAGGGUCUCCUCAGGAGGAGGAGGAGGACUAGCCAAAGGACUCCUCGGGAGCAGGAUUUCUUGGCUGCCCCACACCUGGGCCAGGCAAGGUUAUUUAAGCCACUUCCUGGCCCAGAGCCCUUGCUGUGUCCUCCCUUGCCGAGAGCAGGGCUGAGCUCCUGAGCCUUCAGGCCCGCUCGGGGCAGCUCCGGAUCCUGGGCAGCCUGCCCACCCUCCUCCUGACUCUGCCGGCGUCCCCAGCUUGCUGUCUGGUUCGCCUGACUCCCACCUCCCUGGGACAUCUCGGGCUCUGCCCCGAGACCCUCUCCUGGUGAGUCCCACAAGGGGUGUGUGUGUGUGCGCGCGCGUUCGCGGGUGUGUGAUGCCAGCUCAGUGUUGUCAGCACUGACUGGCAGUGGCUUGCCAGGUUCCAGAUGGGUCUACUCUGACUGGCAGCAACCCUCUCAGGUUUCAGGCUCAGGGGUCUUUCCCACCCUCGCCUGGAAAUGCUGCCAGGGACUGAACCCGAGACCUUCUGCAUGCCAAGCCCUGCAGAGGUUCUGCCGCUGAGCUGUGGCCCCCUCCCCUAAAGGAGCUACUUCACGGGUGGCAGGUAGUCACCCCUCCAAAUGCAAACCAAAGUGAACCCUGCUUAGCAAAGGAGGCCGCUCGUGCUCAUUACUGCAAGUCCAGUACUCUAAAGAGCAAAGAGGUGGAUGGGAAAACAUUCCGCCUGAAUCUAAAACGAUAAAGCUGCAUUCCACUGAGUCAGACAUUGAGUCGGUCCAUCUCGGUUAGUUUUGUCUGCACUGACUGGCAGCAGCUCUCCAGUUAUUCAGACAGGGGCCUUUCCCAGUCUCACCUGGAGAUGCUGCCUGGGACUGAACCUCUUGUAUGCAAGGCUUUACCAUGUACGUCUCUAACUCCUCGCCAGUUGCAUCCGGAUUCAGUUAUGGUCAUGCAUGGCCCCAGCCUGCUCCUAACAAUCCCGGGCAUCAAAAUCUGCCAGCAAGGGCCCUGGCUUUUUCAUUGGUGGCCCCUGACCUCCAGGGAUGAAGCUGCUCUGGGAAGAGCAUCUAGGUCCCGAGUUCCCUCCCUGGCAGCAUCUCCAAGACAGGGCUGACAGAGAUUCCUGCCUGCAACCUUGGAGAAGCUGCUGCCAGUCUGUGUAGACAAUCCUGUGCUAGAUGGACCAAGGGUCUGACUCGGUAUAUGGCAGCUUCCUAUGUUCCUAUGUCUUCUAUAGGCCUGCGAGAGGCUUCUGCCUCUGAGAACCGAGGAAGAAGCCACGUUACCUGGUCGUGAUGGACGUCGUGUAACUUGACGAUGUUUGGGUUAGCAUGUCGCUGUGCUCUGGGUGGCAUCCUGCAAACAGCAGCGUCUUGCAAAAGCAGAAGGAGGAGGAGGAAAAGACAUUCCCUGUGCCCGCGUGCGGCAGGCUGGCAUCGGCUCACCUCCAGUGCCCAGCACCUUGAGCAGUUCGAAGUUCUCCAUCCCCACCUUCUCCUCAUGGCCUGUCAAGUUUGCUGUGAGGAGAGACAAGAGAUCGGCCUCUCUGAACCAGUUUUCAGGGCCUGGGAGGCUCAGUCCUGGAAAACCACUGUGAAGGGCAGCCCUGAGCAUGUGCAGAGAGCAUUUGUGGUCGCCAGCGAGCCCACCCGCCCCGGGAGUCGGGACAAGGGUUUCUAGGGGAGAACAGAAUUUGCAGACAGAUCGGAGAGGCAUGCAAAUGAACACACAACACGCUGCUGCCACCGCCGUGGACUGUCCUACAAAUUACGUGGAAGGAGGACGUUUCCCCAGCCUGAGAAACCUAGGAAGCUGCCACACACUGAGUCAGACCCUGGGUCCAUCUAGCUGGGCAUUGCCUGCACCGACUGGCAGCGGCUCCUCCAAGGCUACAGGCAGAAGAAAAGAGAGGAUUGGUGGCGUAACCGAAGAACUGAAAAAGAGCCCUUCUGGAUGAGAGCAAAGGCCCAUCAGCUUCACCACCCACUUUCUACAAAGCCUGCAGGUUGUGAGGAACCACUGUUGAUUGGCUUCAGGAAAAAUACAAGUUUCUUGGAUACACUCGGAGAUGCCACAGGAGAGAAGGCCUCUGUCUAACUCCCUUGGAGAAAUCUAAGAAUGUUUGGAUACAAUCUACACUCCCUUUGAAGGAAUUGAAGAAACCUUUUUGGAGGCUAUUUUGAAGAACUCUAUACACCAGGGAGGAUGUAAAGUCUAUCACGUUUGGGACAUAGCAAUUGUUCUUUCACUUCUGAGGAAGCUCAUUGGGAAACAAGGACUUAUCGCGAAACCUUGUCAAGUGAUUCAUGUAUAUUCAGUGUUUUAUUAUAAUAAAUGACUUAUAGUAA